CAGGAUUGCCUGGAUGAGAGCAACUCCACGGUGCAGGUGCUUUAUGUGGGGCAGCAAUGGCCUCCAUAUAGACUGCAGUGCCCUUUAAAGCCUGUUCAGCCCCAGAGCUCCACCCAAAUCCAACUAACCUGGCAGAAGGACUGCAUGCAACUCCCAAUUCAAAGGGGGAAGGCUUUCUUGGAAUUUGCCAUGGUCACUUUGCAAGAUGGAGGAAAUUACACUUGUAUGCAAAAGGGCAACAGUACAGCAUCGUUCACUGUUCGCCUCAUAGUUAAGGAAUCUCAGUGCUCCAAAGCUCCUGAAUUUAAACCGAAUGGGGACUUGACCAAUCUCUGGAAGAAUGUGGGAUCCACUGUGAGACUAAACUGCACCGCUCUUCUUCUCUUGGAUCCAUCACAGGAGCAAUGUGACAACACCCUGCAGUGGAUGAAAGAUGGUCAACCCGUCAGCAACCACACACUCUACUUGCACAACACAUCAUCAUGGUCUCCUGGUGCUGGUCAGCUGAUGGUUCACAGUCUGCUUGAAAUCACCAUCAGAGAAUCAGAUGGUUUUGGACUCUACAGCUGCACAGUGAGGAACAUCUCCUUAGACUUCCGGAUACAGAUUUCAAACAGUCCAAGCCACACAGCUGCUGUCAUUGCAGCCUUCGUCCUUCUCCUCCUUUUGGCUGUCAGUGCUGUUGUGUAUGUCAGGUGCCACCUUAACAUCAGGCUCUGGUACAGGAACUCAUACGGAGACUAUGAACUUAACGAUGGGAGAUUUUAUGAUGCCUACAUUUCCUAUGUGAACAAUGACUAUGACAGGAAGUUUGUCAACUUCAUUCUUAAACCUCACCUGGAAAACAAAAGUGGAUAUAAGGUGCACCUGAAUGAGAACGAUAUCUUACCUGGUGGAGAGCCUUCUGCAGAGCUCCUAAUGAACAUGAGCCGCUCCCGCCGUCUCAUCGUGCUACUCUCUUAUGCCUACCUUGAGCAGGACUGGUGUUCUAAUAACUUCAGACAGGGCCUUCUCCACUUGUUGGAGUUAUGUCAGCAACCUAUACUCAUAGUGUUGGAGGGUCAGUCCAAACGCAUGAGUCCUGAGAUUAAGCAGCAGCUAAGCGAGAACCAGCACCGCCUCACACCCCUUCCUCAGUGUUUUGGAAGGAGCUAGCUUUAGCAAUGCCUCGCAGAGUUGUUUUCCGCAACGAGUCUGCUGGUGACCCUCAGACGGUGCUACAGGAUGACAAAGACCCCAUGCUGACCCUUGACCCAGACUACCUUGACUGCCGCUCUGACACUGACCCUGCUGGCGACCUGGGGGUUCGCCUGCCUGUGUACAAAGCUCUGGCCUGUAAAGCUCCAGUCCUUCCUCCUUUACCCAGCAGGGCAACUGAGCCAAACCCCUCUGACAUCGAUGUUUCAGAUUUAGGAUCACGCAACUAUGGAACCCGGGCAGACUUCUAUUGUCUGGUCACAGAGGAA